ACAUAACGUCUGUAACCAGUGGGGGCUCGGCUAUUUCUGUCUUUUGCAUCAUGCAUAUGGGUGACUGAGCAGAGUAGCCUACUACUACAGCACCAAUAGGACUUAAUAGCAGCGAUGUGACGCAUGUCGGAGUUUGUUUGGGUUCUGAGCGCCACGUGGAGAGCAGCAGUGCAGCAGCGUUUACAGACACAGGCGACACUGCUGUGGAAUGUCUCCAACCCGCAGGGAUGUGCAGCGCGCCUGAUGAUUACCAUAUUACAGUCCCAGCUCUGUACGAAAACCUGGACGAUGAGAAAUACCAGCCGCUUCCUCCUCCACUGUCUCCAGUUCUUACACAGUUACCCGGAGAAGCUCCCGGGACAUCCAGCACAUCUCUUGAAGAGGAACAAAAGAUUGGUGGUUUACUCUUGUCUCAGAUGGAAGAAGAGCCGGUAAUGCAGAAGGAUGUGCCUCAUGCUGCUCUGGAUGUGGAAAAGCUCUUGUCUGAAAAUGGAAUACCUUCACUCUGGAAUGUUCUCUGCAAGACAUCAUUCAAAGGACAAGGGCAUGAAGUUGAAGAUCUACAGGUUCUGUUAAGUGAAAUAGAACAGUGGAGGCAGCAGCUGUAUCCAGAAGAGUCGUUUGACACCCUAAUCAGACAGCUUGAAGAUGUAAGUGGCCAUCCAGCCGUACAGACGUGUAUCCAGGGUUUACAUCAGAAAACAGUGUCCACAUGUGCUCUGCCUGGAUCAGGUGGCUGUGAAGACACAUCAGGCUGCACUAUGGGAAAUGUUAUCAAGUCUGAGCCCACAGGAGAAGACGACCCUCCUGUAGUCUAAAAGAUAUUCCGUAUACCCCAUUCCUGUGUGAGAGCAAGAAGGAUGCGCUUAUCUGAAGAUGAAUUGUUUCCCUCAAUCAGAGGAGUCUUGCAGGAAGAAUAGACAUUUCUGGAUGUUCCAGUCUUCUUCCUUUCUAGACUACAGAGAAAGCUGUGACCACAACAAACUCACAAACACAAAUAGAUUUCAGAAAUGACUUGUUGUAAUUACCGGUGCUUUCAUUCAACAUCAUUUUUGACACAGUACUACUAUUUUUUGCUUUUUGCUUUUGCCAAAAUUUUGGCAAACAUUAACACCUCAGCCGUUAGUUACUCAAAAUAUCUACUGAAACUGUGUUCAUUUGAGAAACAUGUGUAUCCAAAGGCACAUACAUGGUAGUUGACCAAAUUGGACAUGACAGCAGAGUAAAUAAAAAUACUCUUUUUA